GUGAUUGGGGAUGGACGGAUAGACCGGGCUGUGCCGCCACUGCUGGGAGAGCGCGCACACACAUACAUGCACACACAUACGUAUACACACGCACACACACUCCAGAGGGUAGUGUGUGAGCCAGCCAGUCAGUCAGUGUGAGUGUGUAAGCCAUGUUGGAUGUGAAUGAACGGGAGGAGAGAUGCUGCUGCCGCGCCGCUCCUAACGCUCAGACCUCCAGCUCCACGGACCACAGCGGGUAGAUGCCAACUCUCCAGGCCGACGAAGAGACGGGGGAGCCUGGGGGAAGGUGUCGGGCGGUGCCGGCGGUCCUGGAACUGGCCACCUAGCCGGAACGAGGGAGAGAGAGAGAAGUAACUGGGAGAAGGGAAGACGCACUCGAGAGAGAAAAAGAGAGAAUAGGCACAGGUGGAAGAGGGAGAAAGGAGGGAGAUACAGAGAAAGGAAGAGACUAAAUGGCUGUACCGCUACCGGGCUUCACCCCGCUCCUGCUCUCGUCUCUGGCACUCCACCUGCUUCUCCUCGGCCCUUUGUUCGCUCUCGCCCCGGGGACAGUGAAUACAGGAGGAGCUUCCAACCGCUGGAUCCCGGGCCUCUGUUACCGAGACGCCGGUAAAGUGAGCCAGCAGCAACAGCAGCAGCGCGAGGAAGCAGGGGAGUUGCCGAGGGGCAGCUGGAAUCUACGCCCUAGCAGGUGGACCGUAGAGCGGAUACAGACUAAGGGAUGCUUUGGAGUGCAGCGCGCAGAGCGGACGCUGGGAAGAUAUCACCAGGAUGGGGCGAGGGGGACACAGAAGGAGGGACUGAAAGGAGUCGGGACGUUUUGGAGGAGUGGAAACGGCCCUCCGGCACCAUCAUCACCUCCACCUCCUCUCCACCCAGGUAUUAGGAGCAGGUCGAGCUCUGAUGGCGUCGGCGCAGGAGAGGGAGUGGAAAGAGGGGGGAUUACGAGGAAGGGCGUUGUUUCUCCUCCCGCUUCACCUGCUUUCACCUCCUCGCCGGUUCAAAACGGCAAGAAACGGGCAGUACAAAGGACUAGAGCGUGCGCGAAACGGUGGCCGGCGUCGAGGCCACACCUCGCCAAACGUGGCGCCGCUAGAGCCUUUGUGCACGCCUCUGGCCUGUGCAGGGCACCCGGAAGUGGAGAGAUGAGAGGAGGAGAGGUGCGGGAGAGGGCUUGUGAGGUGAGGAGGCUUUUUGCUACAUGGUGCUCUCUGAAACCCGGGUAUAUCUCCUGGUCAAGCCCCGUCAAACAAGCCCUCUCCCCGGCCAACAACCCCUCACUUGGCCCCUUGUCAACCGGUUGCUCUUGUUGCAUUAAUCCUAUUUCUGGAUACAAUUCACCACAGAACGAGGCUUCAAACUACUCAUUUAAAUGUCACCCCCGUUACACCAGCAAUUUAGAUUGUAACCAGGGAUUGAAAUUGGACAUUUGUCAUUUUUCAACUUGUAAUUCCUCCCAGACCGGCUACACAGAUACAAUUCAGCCACAUCCAGUUUACAGGAACAGCAACAAAAACAAGGCUUGGGAUGCUGAUGGGAGCUCAGCCAACGUGGACAGGAGGGCUGGUAAUUGUUCUCAUUUGGAAAGGCACAAUCUUAUCGAUCCCAGCAGCAACAUAGAGGGGGGUGAUGAUAGCUGUUUGACAGAGUGCAGGGAGAGGGGGGCGAUGAGUGGGGGAGAUGAGGAAGAAGGAAAGGAAGCGUGCAGAUGUAGCGCACCGGCCGUGAUUAACCCCAGUAACUGGGCGCCUUUAGAUAGUUGUGGACCUCCUGCCCGUGAGUUGAAAGUAAGGUAUUACCCCGCCAGAAUUCUGCAUAAGAGGAGAGUGUGGGUUGGCAGGAAAGAGGGAAAAGAUGGACGAGGAGAGGUGAAACAAGGCAACAAACACAUUAAUGUAUCUAAUUAUCUGGAGAAUGAUUUGGCUUCUCCGAUUCUGACGCUCCUAUGUAGAGCUGAUAAUGAGCUUCCGCAGGGGAAAUCAGCACCAGCAACCAGGGGGCAGAGCAGCCAAACCCGGGGAGAAAGCGAGGAGGUACCCGGUGGUUGCUUUGGUUGUUUGAACAGAAUAGAAAUGGGGGAUGGAUAUUUAGCUGGGUUUAUGGUCCCGGAGGGAGUAAUAGUUCAGAGGAAUCUCCCCAUCCAAUUUUCCUCCAGCAGCAUCACAGAGACGCCCAGCCAACGUUUUCCAUCCAGCAAAAGCGCAAUUCUCGAAAUUACAUCAAAAUAUUCUGGCCUGGUGCUCAAUACGCCCCCUCAAACACAAACAGGCGAUUAUGCAGAAAGUGGAAAACUAUCCAAACCGCUCCGUCUAUUUGCUGAAAAAGUAAACGCAACUUCAGAGACAGAAUCUACCGGUGACUCAGGCUUUUCCUCGCCUGCGAAGUUUCUUGUUAAAUCUCCCGGUUUUGUGUCAGCCACGUCUCGCUCUGCAACAGCAAUCAAAGCACGUGCUGUCACUCAGCCUGAUGGCACCACAGUAGAACACCUCUCGUUUUUCUCAGAAAUUAACCUGACCACAUGGCAGGAUGACUCUGCACGUUCGCUUUCCUCAACCUCUGUGGACAUGGUUUCAGCACGACGGACAGCUCCCCCAGACUCUCAGCGCGUGUUCAUGUGGAUCGAAUUCAACAGCAACAGCAAUAACAACAACGAAGAGGAGGGGAGCAAGGAGACAAAUGGAUAUAGUCGUGAAUCUAAAAUAGAAAAAUCGCCUUGGCAUGGUCAGACACAGCAACCAGACCUGUGGGAGCCCGCACUGCGAGAGAUGGUCAAGGCAGGGUGCGCUGACAGCAUUUACAACGACUGUACAGCCGGGCAGGGGGACCAGCAUAUGCAAUUAAAUCCCGGUAAGCAAGUGCCAUUAGAGCCCGAAGGUGUCAGACAGUCAGAUAGGCGGCAGAUGGGGGCCGAGGGAGAAAGGGAGAGGGAUGCAGAAAGGGAGGGAGAGGGCUUGGAGGGGUCCGCUGCUGUUGCUGCUGUUGUUGGGGGAGGGAAAUUACAGGUGGGGGAUGGCGAGAGAGAGGCGCGGCUGAUGGGAGGGAGAGAACCAGAGGAGGAGAAAAAGACAAAAAAAAAAAAAAAAAAAAAAAAAAAAAAAAACAAAAAAAAAAAAAAAAAAAAAAAAAAAAAAAAAAAAAAAAAAAAAAAAAAAAAAAGCACCACCACCAUCACACAGCCAGAUAGCGAAAUAGGGAAGAAAGAGAGCCAGGCAGAUGAAAGCCAUGAGGUUGGAGAGGGGGAUGAGAGGGAGGUGGAAGGGGAGGAGGAGAGGCACAGUACAAGGGGAGAGAGGAGCCUGGAACGACUGAUAAUAGUAGCAGAUGAUGAAAUCUCACAGGGAGAAAGGGGGAGGAAGAUUUUGAUGCCUUGGCCUCGCUCUCGACGUGCAGCCAACAGGCAUCCCCAUUUCUCCCAGUACAACUUCCAAGUACAAGUAGCUGAGAACCAGCCACCCGGCACCUCAGUCAUUAUCAUGUCCGCUUCAGACCCAGAUGCAGGAGAUGCAGGCAGGGUGAGUUACACCAUGGCUCCGCUGAUGAACAGUCGAUCAUCUGACUACUUCCACAUCCACCCAGACACAGGUCUCAUCACCUCCACUCAGAUUCUAGACAGAGAACACAUGGAUCUGCAUUACUUCCGGGUCACGGCGACCGAUCAUGGCUCCUCUCGCCUCUCUGGCACCACAAUGGUGGCCAUUACUGUUUCAGACCGGAAUGAUCAUUCUCCUAUAUUUGAGCAGACAGAGUACAGGGAGACGAUCAGGGAGAACGUAGAGGAGGGGUAUCCCAUCUUACAGCUGAGAGCGACAGACUUAGACUCCCCAUCCAAUGCCAAUAUCCGUUACCGCUUUGUCGGUGACACGGCUGCAAUAGCAAGAGCGGCCUUUGAGAUUGACCCACGCUCUGGCCUCAUUACAACCCGUGGAUCGGUGGACCGGGAAACCAACGAGCACUACACUUUACAGGUGGAGGCCAGUGACCAGGGGAAGGAACCGGGACCACGCUCCGCUACUGUUAAAGUUUUCAUUACUGUCCUGGAUGAAAAUGACAAUGUGCCACAGUUCAGUGAAAAGCGCUAUGUGGUAGCAGUGAAGGAGGAUGUACGGCCUCACUCUGAGAUCCUCCGUGUGAGUGCCACAGACCUGGACAAGGACAGUAACGCUGCUGUUCACUAUAAUAUCAUCAGUGGUAACAGCCGUGGACAGUUUUCCAUCGACAGUGUCACUGGGGAGAUCCAUGUUGUGGCACCACUAGACUAUGAGGCAGAGCGGGAGUAUACGCUCCGUGUUCGUGCACAGGACAAUGGCCGCCCACCUCUCUCCAACAACACCGGUAUUGUCAGUGUACAGGUGACGGAUGUCAACGACAACCCACCAAUCUUUGUGUCCACACCAUUCCAGGCAUCUGUGCUUGAGAGCGCCCCAGUUGGUAGUUCCAUCCUCCACAUUCAGGCCAUUGAUACCGAUUCCGGUGAUAACGCCCGCCUGGAGUACAGGUUAACUGGCACCAGCUCUGACACACCAUUCAUUAUCAAUUCUGCAACCGGCUGGGUCACUGUGAGCUCCAUUCUUGACCGAGAAUCUGUGGAACACUAUUUCUUUGGCGUGGAGGCCAGGGAUUAUGGCAUGCCGCCUCUUUCUGCUACGGCUAGUGUUACAAUUACAGUGAUGGACGUUAAUGACAACCGCCCUGAGUUCCUCCAAAAGGAGUACUAUUCUCGCCUGAAUGAGGACGCUGUGGUUGGUACAAGCGUAGUGACUGUCACAGCUGUGGACCGGGAUGUCAACAGUGCGGUGACCUAUCAGAUUACAGGAGGAAACACCAGAAACCGCUUUGCCAUCAGCACAGCAGGAGGGGCUGGACUUCUCACAUUAGCUCUCCCAUUGGACUACAAACAGGAGCGGCGUUACGUUCUAACAGUCACUGCCUCAGACCGAACACUCCACGACACCUGUCAGGUGCACAUCAACAUCACAGAUGCCAACACGCAUCGGCCUGUAUUCCAGAGUGCCCACUACUCAGUCAGCGUGAAUGAGGACAGACCACCCGGAAGCACUGUAGUUGUGAUCAGUGCCACGGAUGAUGAUGUUGGUGAAAAUGCUCGAAUCACAUACUUCCUUGAGGACAAUAUCCCACAAUUCCGCAUCGACACCGGCACAGGGGCUAUAACACUCCAGGCAGAGCUCGACUAUGAGGACCAGAUGACCUACACUUUGGCUAUAACAGCUAAAGACAACGGCAUACCACAGAAAUCAGACACUACAUAUGUUGAGGUUAAUGUGAAUGAUGUGAACGACAAUGCACCUCAGUUCCUCAGCCCCAGAUAUCAGGGAACAGUAAGCGAAGAUGCCCCUCCCUUUACUAGUGUCCUCCAAAUCUCAGCCACUGACCGCGAUGCACACGCAAAUGGUCGUGUUCAGUACACCUUCCAAAAUGGUGAGGAUGGGGAUGGAGACUUUACCAUUGAGCCUACAUCUGGCAUCGUCCGAACUGUUCGGCGGUUGGACCGUGAGAGUGUGCCAUUCUAUGAGCUCACGGCUUAUGCCGUAGAUCGCGGCGUGCCCCCUCAGCGAACCCCUGUCCACAUCCAGGUGACGGUCCUGGAUGUGAACGACAAUGCUCCUGUCUUCCCUGCGGAUGACUUUGAGGUUCUAGUUAAGGAAAACAGCGCAGUGGGCUCUGUAGUAGCCCAGAUCACGGCCACUGACCCAGAUGAAGGCGCCAACGCUCAGAUCAUGUACCAAAUCGUGGAGGGCAACAUCCCUGAGAUCUUUCAGAUGGACAUCUUUUCAGGGGAACUCACUUCACUUAUUGAUCUUGACUAUGAGGCCCGCAAUGAGUAUGUCAUCGUAGUCCAGGCCACAUCAGCACCUCUUGUCAGCCGGGCCACUGCCCGGAUCCGAUUGGUGGACCAGAACGACAACCGGCCCACUCUGCAGGACUUCCAAAUCAUAUUCAACAACUUUGUGUCCAAUCGGUCCAACAGUUUCCCCAGCGGGGUAAUUGGGAGGGUACCCGCUCACGACCCUGAUGUGUCAGACAGACUGUACUACACCAUCGACCGAGGGAACGAGCUUCACCUGCUGCUCCUGAAUCACACCAGUGGAGAGAUCCGACUGAGCCGAAAACUGGAUAACAACAGGCCGCUGGUGGCUCCCAUGCUGAUCACUGUCACAGAUGGCGUCCACAGCAUUUCAGCCCAGUGUGUUCUGCGUGUCCUCAUCAUCACAGAGGACAUGUUGGGCAGCAGUGUCACUGUCCGCCUCCAGAACAUGUCCCAGGAGCACUUCCUGUCACCACUGCUGGGUAACUUCCUGGAAGGCGUGUCAGCAGUGCUCUCUGUGCCUGUCGAGGAUGUUUUCAUCUUCAAUAUCCAGCCCGAUCUGGAUGCUGCGCCGGGCGGGAUCCUGAAUGUCAGCUUCUCUGCUGCGUUGCCCGGUGGACUCUUCUUCCCCUCUGAGACCCUGGAGGAACAGCUGUACCUGAACAGGCCGAGGCUGACGUCACUGACACAGAUGGAGGUUCUCCCGUUUGACGACAAUGUAUGUCUGCGUGAGCCAUGCCAGAACUACAUGAAGUGUAUCUCAGUGCUGCGCUUCAACAGCUCUGCCCCCUUCAUCUCCUCGCCCUCCAUCUUGUUCCGGCCCAUCCACCCUAUCGCAGGCCUACGCUGCCGCUGCCCAGUUGGCUUCACGGGUGAUUACUGCGAGACGGAGAUCAACCUGUGUUACUCCAACCCCUGCCUGAACGGAGGGGUUUGCGCCCGCAGAGAAGGAGGGUACACCUGCAUCUGCCGUGAAGAUUAUACUGGUGACCAGUGUGAGUUUGACAGGCGGCAGGGCAGAUGUGUGCCAGGUGUGUGUCGUAAUGGAGGGACGUGUCGGGAGCUCUCAGGUGGUGGUUUCCGCUGUGAGUGUCCUGCCGGAGGCUAUGAGCAUCCAUACUGCACAGUCACUGCCCGGUCCUUCCCACCAAAGUCCUUCGCCAUGUUCCGGGGCCUCAGACAGAGAUUUCACCUGUCCAUCUCAUUAACUUUUGCCACUCUGGAGAACAGUGGUCUUCUCUUCUAUAAUGGACGCUUCAAUGAGAAACACGACUUCAUCGCCUUGGAGAUCCAAGAAGGACAAGUUGUGCUCAAAUAUUCCACAGGUGAAUCGUCCACUCAGGUGAGUCCCUUCCUGCCUGGCGGUGUGAGCGAUGGCAACUGGCAUACUGUUCACAUCCACUACUACAAUAAGCCAGCUACACGCUAUCCCAAGCGCAGCAUGAGCGGUGAGGCCCAGGGUCCGUCAGAUGAGAAGAUUGCUGUGGUGAGCGUUGACGACUGCGAUACAGCAUUGUCGCUUCGCUUCGGUACACAGCUCGGAAAUUACAGCUGCGCUGCGCAGGGAAAACAGGCCAGCAGCAAGAAGUCUCUGGACCUGACUGGUCCGUUGUUUUUGGGCGGAGUUCCCAACGUACCAGACAACUUUCCGUUUGGCACCAGGGAGUUUAUUGGCUGUAUGAAGGAGCUGCACAUUGACAACAAGCCCCUGGACUUGGCUGGGUUUAUUGCUAACAAUGGAACGCUACCCGGCUGCAGUGCCAAGCUUCCCUUCUGUAAGUCCAACCCCUGUCAGAACGGAGGAACCUGCAGUGUGAGCUGGGAGACUUUCUCCUGCGACUGUCCCCUAGGGUACGGAGGAAAGGACUGCAGCCACGUGAUGCCACACCCCCAUCGCUUCCUGGGUAACAGCGCCCUCUGGUGGGACCUGAAGAACGACGUAACCAUCUCCACGCCCUGGUACCUCGGCCUGGUGUUCAGGACCAGAGCGCGAGAUGGGACGCUGCUGCAGGCUCAGGCGGGCCAGUACACUAGCCUGCUGUUCCAGGUGAUAAAUGGUCAGCUGGUGUUCUCUGUGACCCGGGGUUCGACCAGACCGGUGCGUUUGCGGUUGGAUCAAGUUCAGGUGGCAGACGGCCGGUGGCACGACCUCCAACUGGAGCUGCGAGACGUUCGUAGCGGCCGUGAGACACGCUACGUUGCCACACUACGGCUCGACUUUGGACUUUAUCAGGGAACAGUGAUAGUGGGAAAUGAGAUUCAUGGUUUGAAGGUGAAACAUCUGCAUGUGGGAGGAGUGCUGGGCUCUGGAGAGGUUCAAAACGGGAUAAAAGGAUGCAUACAGGGCGUUCGGUUGGGUGUACGGCCUGACACCCCUCCCCUGCCACGCCCGUCGAGAGCUGUCAAAGUAGAGACCGGCUGUAAUGUCGGCAACCCCUGCGUCUCGUCUCCUUGUCCCGGCCACAGCCGUUGUUCUGACCAAUGGGAGCGGCACACCUGUACAUGUGAACCUGGUUACUAUGGUAGAGGCUGCACUGACGCUUGCCAUCUGAAUCCAUGUGAAAACGAGGCUCAGUGCCACAGGAAGCCCAGCUCUUCCCAUGGAUACAUCUGUGACUGUGGAGACAACCACUAUGGGCAGUACUGCCAACACAGGAUUGACCACCAGUGUCCCAGAGGUUGGUGGGGAUCUCCAACCUGUGGACCCUGUCACUGUGACACUAAUAAAGGCUUCGACCCUGACUGCAACAAGACCAGCGGACACUGUCAAUGCAAGGAGUUUCACUACCGUCCACGGGGCUCUGACACCUGCCUGCCAUGUGACUGCUACCCGGUGGGUUCCUUCUCGCGGUCAUGUGACCCAGAGACAGGCCAGUGCCAGUGCAGGCCCGGCGUGAUUGGUCGCCAGUGCAACAUAUGUGACAGCCCCUUCGCUGAGGUCACGAAUUCAGGCUGUGAAGUCAUUUAUGAUGGUUGUCCAAAAACCAUCACUCAGGGGAUCUGGUGGCCUCGGACCAAGUUCAACCUGCCUGCCGCAGUGCCCUGCCCCAAAGGCUCCGUCGGUGCAGCCAUCAGACAUUGUGAUUUAGAGAGAGGAUGGCUGGAGCCAGACCUUUAUAACUGCACCUCACCUCCAUUUGUGGAGCUCAAUGCCGCUCUUGAUUCUCUGGAGCGUAAUGAGACAGAACUGAACACAAUCAUGGAGAAGAAACUUGCCCACCAGCUCCGUGACGUCACCGAGGCAACCGCCCGACUCUACGGUAACGACUUACAGAUCACCGAACGGCUGCUGUCCCGCCUCCUGACCUUCGAGACCCAACAGAGCGGCUUCGGACUCACCGCUACUCAGGACGCACAUUUUAAUGAGAACAUUGUGCGGGGCUGCAGUGUGCUGUUGGGUCCUGGUACCUCUGGGCUUUGGCGGGCUCUCGCUCAGAGUCAGAACCACAUCCCGGGUGGCGGUCCGGCCGAGCUGACGGAGCUGCUGGAGCAGUACGCCCAGAAUCUGGCCCAGAACAUGAAGCUCACCUACCUCAAUCCUGUGGCGCUGGUUGCUCCAAACAUAGUCAUGAACCUGGACCGUGUGGAGAACCAGACCCAUGUGCGGCGGCGUUUCCCACGUUACCACACCACCCUGUUUCGCGGCCAGGCAUUGUGGGAUCCCAACACCCAUGUGUUACUGCCCCCUGCUGCGCUGGUGCCACAACGACAGCAACAACAACAACACAACUGGAAGGAGAAGGAGCGGACAGAGAAAGAGCCCUUGGCCCCUCAGAAUGCUGCUCCUGCCGCUGUCAGUAUCUCAGCCAAUCAGACAGGAGAAUACACUGCAGCAAGACGCACUGUUUCAAUGCCAGAGCCUCCCAUCACCAUCGUCAUCAUGCUGAUAUAUCGCAGUCUGGGCAGCGCCCUCCCUCCCAAGUACCACACAGACCGACGAGGAGUGAGGCUUCCCAGACACCCGGUAAUGAACUCCCCAGUGGUCAGUAUCUCUGUCUACAACAACCAGACGUUUGUGGGCGGACAACUGGACCAGCCCAUCCUUCUUGAGUUCAAGCUGCUGGAGACGGCCAAUCGCAGCAAGCCACUGUGUGUGCAGUGGAACCACAGCAGUCCGUAUGAGAUAGGAGGUUGUUGGACAGUCAGGGACUGUAUGGUGGUGUACAGGAACACCUCACAUGUCCGCUGUCAGUGCCAGAGACUGGGCACCUUUGGCGUUCUGAUGGACAGUUCACACAGAGAGCAGUUGGAGGGGGAUCUGGAGACACUGGCCCUGGUCACAUACUCUUCUCUGUGCGUCUCCAUGCUGGCCCUCCUCCUCACUGUCCUGGUGCUCUCAUGCCUCCGAGGCCUCAAGUCCAACACCAGAAGCAUACAUUCAAACACAGCAGCGGCCAUGUUUUUGUCGGAGCUGGUUUUUCUGCUCGGGGUCAAUCACACUGAACAACAGUUCCUUUGCACAGUUGUCGCCAUUCUCCUGCAUUACUUCUUCAUGUCCACGUUUGCGUGGAUGUUCGUGGAGGGCCUUCAUAUCUACCGCAUGCAGACCGAGCAACGCAACAUUAACUAUGGGGCUAUGAGGUUCUACUACGCCAUCGGCUGGGGCGUGCCCGCCAUUAUUACAGGCCUGGCGGUGGGCUUGGACCCAGAGGGUUAUGGGAACCCAGACUUUUGUUGGAUCUCCAUAUAUGACAAACUCAUCUGGAGCUUUGCUGGUCCUAUAGCCAUCGUCAUACUGAUGAAUGGAGGCAUUUUUAUGAUUGUAGCCAAGAUGUCCUGCAAUCCCUCUCAGAAGGAGACCAAGAAGCUCCCUGUCUUUGCUACUGUUCGCAAUGCCUUCUUGCUGUUGCUGGUGGCCACCUCCACCUGGCUAUGUGGUCUGAUGGCUGUGAACAACAGCAUCCUGGCUUUCUACUACAUAUUUGAUGUCCUCUGUCUAGUGCAGGGUCUGUCGGUGAUGCUGGUCUUCACUGUGUUCAACUCAGAGGUUAAGGAGGCCUGGAGCGUAGCCUGUUUGGGUAAGAAGAGCCCUGGAGAAGACCCACCAAGACCACCACAGAACACUGCUCAGAACCCCUAUCACAACGCAUCUCUGUUGGAGCAGAGCGGGCUGCACCGAAUCACUCUGGGAACCUCCACCAUCUCCUCCGUCAGCUCGGCCAGAGAAAAUCUUUUGGCUCGUCAGACUCUGGAACAAAACAUUGUCCAGACCGGAGCAACAGACCUGGAUGUAGCCAUGUUCCACAGAGACGGAGGUGAGGAUUCAGACUCAGACUCAGACCUCUCCAUGGAGGAGGAGUGCAGUCUCUCCAUUCCUUCCUCUGAGAGCGAGGACAACGUCAGACUCCGUGGGCGCAUCCAGCGGCGAUUCAAACGCUCCAAUCACAGUGAGCGUCUGCUCACAGAGCCCACCCACAACGGCACCAAAGAUCUGGAUGGUAAUGACCUUCUGUCCUACUGGCCAGCUUUGGAAGAGUGUGAGACACACAGCCUUCAGAAGUGGGGCUCAGAGCGCCCCCUGGGGGGAGAUUACAGCAAGGACGCUGCCAACAACAACCAGACUGACGCAGCGCUGACCAGUGGGGACGAGAACGGCCUCACCCAGCCACACAGGCACCGCAAGGGUAUCCUGAAGAAUCGCCUCGGUUGUCCCCCAGCACUCCAGGGCCUCUCCACCAUGGGCCGGGUCCCCAGUGAGCUCAACUGGUACCGAACCUCUACUCUGGGUCACCGGGGUGUUCCUGCAGCCUCGUACGGUCGCAUGUACUCUGCCACGGCUGGUGCCAGUGGAGGUUCCGGCUCCCUCUCCCAACCUGCUUCCCGGUACUCCUCCAGGGAACAACUGGACUCGCUGUCUCGGAGGCAACUGUCCAGGGAUCCACUUGGGAGGCAAACGGUAGGGGGUUCGAGGGACCGACUGGACUCCCGGGGUUCCAGGGACAACUUGGAUCUCUUACCCAGGAGGAGAGAGCUGGGGCAGGGAGCAGGGCUCGGGGGCCUGGGUCUGGAUCACCAGCGAGCCUCUUCAUCCAGGGAGAACUUGACAGGAUCCAGGGACAGACUGGACAACCACCACACCGGUAGCGUCCACGCCUCGAGGGAGGACUUGAGUGGAAACGGGGGAGCGGGAAUGGAGGGAUACCUCAGCGGAUCGAGGUCGCAGCUGAACUCGCUACCUCGGCGGCAGGCCUCAUCCCGCGAGCACCUAGCGGGGGCGCUGAUGAGCAGUAGGUCAAGAGAGCAGCUGGAGACCAACGGAGGUGGAGCCCAGGCUCAGCCGUGUCGGGAGUGGCUCCGCACUCUGCCUCCCCGCCAGCCUUCGCACCCCGACCAGCCUCCCUCCUCCUCCCCUCCUCCCCCGAUCUCUGAGGAGCCUCAGCACGAGCAGCCCCCAGCUCACGGCAGAGGCCGACUGGACUCCGCACCUCCAUGUAGGUACCCUGGUCAGACUGUCCCCCAGGUCGCAGGUUCAAAUCCAAACCCUCUGGGUCGACAACCAUCCAGUGAACACCUGGAUAUUCUGUCCUCCAUCCUGGCAUCCUUUAGUUCCUCCGUCCUCACUCCUCCCCCCGCUGCCUCUAACCCUGGGCCUAAUGGCUCCGCCCACGGACCCUCCCUUUCCCCGUCCCAGUCAGCCACCUCCCACAGCAUAUCUGAAGUCUCCCCCGACUCCGAAGCCAACAGAAGUGAAGGACAGUCUUGAUGACAGCCUCUAUAUCCCUUUAUGCAUUGUGACAGUGCUUGGAUCACCAGGGACAAGUUCAAAGGUCAUGUAUGAUCCUGAACCACUGGGGCACCCUGGGACAUCGGAGGACUAAAAACAAACUUGGGACAGAGGAGACACAGAGUUGGAAAGAAAGUAAGACAGAGAGAGUGCCCAUGAGGAUAAAAGAGGGCUCGUGGGCGGUUUGUACUGUAUAAAUGAAGUUUUUUUCUAGUCCCACCGCCUACAAUGAUCUGUGACGUUUCUUUGGACUAUGACUCAACCACCUCUACUACCUAAAAACUGUUAAAAGACAAAAACAAACUCCUCAGAUUUCAAACGCAGAAGUCAGCUUGAUCCAGACAACAUCCGUCUAAAAGAAAAAAACUGUAUAUAACAUUUUUAUACAUUUUGUAUCUUUUUCAUUGGAGAUGAAGAAGAAAUCUCUUGUGCUGUUUUCUUUUUCUUUUUUUUUUAUGAUUGUGUCCGGUUGUGAGCGAGGUUGGUGCGAGUGCAGUCUUGUUCGUUGCCGAUGGAGACAUUACCCCUACAAAGAAAAAAAAAAAAAAAGAAUCCCCAAAUUUAUUUUUCCGCAGAAACUUUUCCUCACACUCAUCAACUCUGUGUACAGCGACAGGGGUCUGGCAAUAUAACUCUGUUGAGAUUAUCGAAACCGCGACACGUGGUUGAAGGGAAAAUAUCAAAGUAGGGAGAAAGUGAUUGUAAAUAGAGGAAGGGAUUACUAUAAGAGAAGAGAUUUGAUGGAAGAUGAUUGUUAAGAGAAAGAUGGCCAGCGUUAAGCUAAAACGCCACGUGAAGGUUCAGAGUUGGUGGUUCAACUUCUAAAGCUCAGUCGUGAGUGUUAUCGGCUCUCUUUCAGGAGAUUGUGCUGUUUUGUGAUCCACUGUACAUGAAUGUGACCUUGUCAUCUGUGUAUCUUUGUGCCUGGUGCUGUCUGAACCAGACCAUAUCAGUCUUGAUUGAUAUUUCGGAGACCUGGCGGGUGAAGGUAGAUAGUUGUCUGCGUGUCUGUAUGAGGCGGUGUCAUGUAACAACCGUUUAAAGACCCUCAAGGUAUUUUUGCUCUUUGAUGCAUCACGACUCAACCUGCCUCGAGAGACACCACGGGAACAGCCGAAUCUCUCCGCCAGCAUCCAGGAGACUCCUAUAUAGAAGCUUCUCGUGCAGAAUUCUGUAUAAAUCCAAGCCAAAGGGACAACUGCGUAAAAUCAGUACCGUACAUCGUUCUCCACUUCUCUGUGAUGAAAAUGACUUGUGCAGGGUGUGAACGCUCUAGAUGCAAUUCACAGUUUCGUUUUAAUCAUGAUUUCUUUUUUCCUUUAAUGAGUGUGCCAUGGAAACAAGCCUAAAUUGAAACAUAGUUUGUUUUUUUUAUGAAUGAGGCCCUAGAUCUGCGCUGCAACAUACUGUAAUCCACUGUGGUUGGCAUUGUAUUUGGCUGCAUACUGUAUAAGCAAAUGGAUUUUGGUUUGGAAUGUAGGAGGAGAGCGGAUCAAAGGGAAAACAUCACGUCUUAGUGGGCUUCGAUAUUUGUUUGGAGACCUGAAAGCAGACCUGCAGUACAUAUUCAGCGCGGUAUCUAUUGGAAUAUAUUAGCUCAUAUCUGUAGCACAUGCAUCUCUAAUGCAAGAUUUUUUUUUUUUUUUUUACUUGCUUGGUCUGAACACAGAUGCUGGGAAAUCACUUCAGAAUUGUCUUUAUAUGUGAGAAUAUUUUUCCAAUGAGCUGUCAUAGAUAAAGAGGUUCACACAUCAGAACACAUGAAUACAGAUUUGCUCUCAUUGUUUAGACGGCCGUACAAAGAUGAGAUCUCUUGCAAGGUCUGGCUUAGCUUCUGCAGCGCCGUACAAGUUUGCUGAGGAGAGGAGAUGUCAGCUGUGUCAGCACUAUAAGCCUCUAAGUGGUUUUGAGAUGCAGGUCUUUCCAUCAGCAGCUGCUCCUUUCUCACAGCUCUCUGAGUUCAGACCUCAAGGUAACAACACAAAGGAAUUUGUAAGCAAUGGAGACAAGAAGGCAGUCUUCAGAGGGAUUAAGGGAACAGAACUGUGUUUUUGUAAUGAAAAAAAUGCAGUGGCUCUAAAACUUUCUGUAAAGCCCAAAAUGUGUUGUCUGCGUGUCCUUGAGCAGAGAGCACUGACAAUCGAACAAUACAGUAUUUGUAAUAACACUAGAACAGCGAAGUAGAAAGUGGAUAAAAAAACAAGAAGGCACAAUAAACAACAUGAAGUACAAAACCAGAAAAGGUUGUAACAAAUUGGGUCAGAAACCGUGACUGUGUGCAAAAUGUAACUGUAGGGAGGAGGGCUUGGACAUUACUCAUUGCAGAGAGGAAGAAAAAAGCACGGAAAUGCAGAUAGUGGAAAUAAAAACGCAACUCCCACCUCGCAAAUGCAUAUCUUCCUGCUCUGACUGCUGCUCUGUCAUCCCCCGGAGGUGACAAGUGAACCUAUUUGUUACGUGUUAACAGUAUUGCCAAGAUAUGCCCCUGUACUAGUCUUUUAAAGGGGUAGUACACCAAAAAAAUCUGACUUUGAUUCCUCCUCACUCUUUUCAUUCAGCUGCUCCAUUUAUUUAUUUUUCUUCAGAUCUGUUUAUUGUCUUCAACUGACAGUACCUUUUAACUGUACAGACAUAAGAUUUAUUUUAUUUAUCAAUAAUUUAUUGACAUUGUAUUAAUUAUUUACAGUAUGUUGCCAUUUUGUAUGAGGUUGUUAAAGAAGUAUGUGUAAUUUUUUCAUUUUUUUUGUCCAAAUGUUCCCUUUGUUCUGUUUCUUAUAAUCUGAGUCUCUCACUGCAACAAAUUCACACAUAGAGGACAAGAAGAGAGGGCAAUGUAAAGAUACAAAUGUCUCUGUUUACAGUGCAAUGCAGGACACUUUGCUUUUCAGCAUUUCAUUUGGUUUCUUUAUCCGAUCACGGAGGUUAAAUGUGGAAAGAUUUGAACAAACAAACCUGUGUAGGUGCAUUUAUCCUCCCCAGACAGAACGUCAACAUAUGUAAACUAGAAGUUGAAUACUGGGUGUAAAUAAUGCAGAUAUGUCCUAAAUCAAACCAUUUUCCUUCCCUGUUCACUGUUAUAGAUUCAAGGCUGAAGCCUCACAUCCACAACAUCAAAUCUUGAACUUGUUAUACCCAACAGUCAGCCAUCAGUGUCCAGCUUCAGGUUAAUCUGCUUCGGACCAAUAGGAGCCACACAAAUGAGGGGAGAAAAAAAAAACUGAGUUGAGAUUAAAACGUUGUGAUGUGCUCUGUAAAAAAAAAUAAAAAUAAAUAAAAAAAGUGGGGAAGUGACCGAAGGAAAGAAACAGAGUGAGAGAUAGUCAGGGAGAGUAGAAGGAGGGAUGGGAGAUUGUCUUUGCUAGCUUUGUGUGUUAAUAACGGGAUGCCUUCUAUCCCGCCGUCGGCAAGGGGAUGGCGGCAUGGAAACAGCUGUUCCCCUGUUACCACGGAAACAAGAGAAAUGUUGGACAUUAAAAAAAGAAAAUGACAUUC